AUGUGGUCAAAGUACGCGUUCGCCAUCGUAGUGAAGAAAUCGGCCAGAGCUCGGGAGUGUCGGGAGGAGCGCUGCUCCCCAAAACGCGAGAGUUCCUUUCAUAUUUGCAAUCGAUCCUUGGGGAUCCAACGUGCUGACGCGAGAAUCCCCCAACCAUCUACUAUCGUUUCGCCGACGGUGGUAUUGCCGACCACAACCCAUGGAUGGGUAAACCAAGUGGGGACUAUUUCAGCCAACGAGGGAUCCUCCAUCACAGUCCCACUGGCAGACGGGCUCGGAGAUGUGCCAGUUACUAAUGAUCCUGCGGCCUUCUACCCACCUUCCACCUUGGGAUCGUACGAAUACGUCGGAUACAUCGAUCAACCAUCCCUCUUGGAUUUCGGUUCAGUCCCUUAUCCCUUUGAUCCUAUAGCUAGCUCUUCCGCUAUUGAGUCAAUUUCCCAUGGCUCCACUUCCUUCCUUGAGCAAGUGAUUCCCGUCCAAGAGAAGGCAUCCUGCGGCGAAAAUCGGGAUGUUCUAAUGCCAGACAUCUCGCGCAAUACUGUCAACUCUGAGCUUGCGGGACCAUCUACUGCGCUCCGUUCGCAAUCAGAUGCCUCUUCACACGAAUCUCGUGGCGAGACUCUGGGAAAUGCUGCGGGUUGGAGUGAGGCUGAUGUGAGUCACCUUAGAAGUCUAGCUUGGAGUAUGGGAUACUGCCUCAUUCCCCGCGGAGCGGCCAAUCCCGGUGGUGGUGCUCUUGUAUAG